GCGGCUAAUUCUGAAUCGUUCAGCCUGGUUAUAACAUGGGGCUUGUCAGGAUGCAUCCUACGCGUACUUCCUCGUCUAUCCAGGCCGGAGGAACAGGGGAUGCCCUGGACCUGUCUCUCUCAGGCUCCCAGCUCUCUGUGUCCCGGCGGCCAACCUCUGCCUCUCCAGGGAAGGUUUUCUCCCGCUCUGUGUCGGUCUCCGUUCCCACCGAGGGGAAGGCAAAGCGCAACACAACAGGUGGCGCGGUUUUGGGCAGUUCCCGAUCCAUCAAGAACCUGAGAAGAUCCAACAGCACCACACACGUCAACCAGCAAGCCAACAUUAGCCUGAGUGAGGACCAGACAGAAGACUUCCUGGCGUUGUUCGACAGCAGCACAGACGGACGCAGGAAGUUGGCCGGCCUGAGGAAAGCAUCACCGGACCGCACCACCUGGAACAUCCUGGAUGACCAGCCCAGAACCAUUCCCGUUCCCAGCAGCCCUCGGUCAGCUGGCGGCCCGGACCCCCAGACAACCAUCGCCCCUAAGAGAAGAGAGACGGGGGUAGCCCUGGCUGCUAACUUCACCGCUAACAACAGGAGUAACAAGGGGGCUGUGGGGAACUCUGUUACCACCAUCUUACAUAACAACUAUUCUGACCAGCCCCUGACUCCGAAGAGCUCCAACCAGAAACCAUCAUUCAAUAACAUUCUGAAAGCCACUGUAAAUGAUGAGGGCCCUCUGGAAAGCAGCUGUCUGACCACCAAGUCGCAGAAGAACUUCUCCUCGUCCUCCUCUACGUCCAAUAACAACACUGCCCAGCGCAGCCCCCGAGGAUCUCCCAGCAUGCCCCGCAGGAGAGAGGUCACCGAGGAGGAGGCCGAGAGGUUCAUCCAGCAGGUUAACCAGGCCGCCGUGACCAUCCAGCGCUGGUACCGGUUCCGUGUCAGGGGGCGGUCACACCACACCAGCCAGGCAGCCCUCAGACUCAUCCUCACCACCAAGAGGAAGGAACGAGAGCAGAGAGCAGAGGAGGAGAGGUCCCCAGAGGUGCAGAAGAAAAAGGAGGAGGACAGGAAAAGGAUUCGUGAGGAGAAGGCUCGCCUAGCACGCCUCACGGCCAUUCAGGAGCUGCAUCAGAAGAGGGCCCAGAGGGCUACUGAGGUACAGGUCAUAUCUCAGGAGGAGAUGGAGACCUUGAAGUUCCAGGGCAGCAAGGUGGGCCGCAAGAAAUCCCCCAAGACCACCGCCUCCUCCCCCAGCAACAAGACCACCGCCUCCUCCCCCAGCAACAAGACCACCGCCUCCUCCCCCAGCAACAGGAUGCCCAUCUCUCCCCCAGGCUCUGAUGUCAAGGCCCAGAACACAGACGCUAACAAUGUGAACGUGGUGACCGAUCUGGAUGACAUCACUAACCUGAGAGCACUGUCCCCUGCAUUGUCCAAUCGCAGAGAUUCUCAGUGUUCACAGGAGAUCCUGCAGCGGUCUGUGAGUGUGGAAGAUCAGCAACAGGGGGCGCCGUCGAGCAGAGCCCCGUCUAAAACCACCCUGAACGACCUGCUGGACACACUGAAGCUCCUUGAAGAAGAACCAGAGGGGCUGUCUGAACCCAAGAGCUACCGAAAGGAGAAGUACGCCUGGAUAGAUGAGGACGGAGACUCCACCUCCCUGACCACUGAUAACCUGGAACGGCAUGGCCAGCUGGUCCAUCCCCCUGUCCUGCCAGAUGGGGGUGCUCUCCUCUCAGAGGCCAAGCUGCAGAGCAUCAUGAGCUUCCUGGAUGAGAUGGAGAAGUCUGAGCAGGAGAGGCCUCGGUCAGUGACCUCCGGGUCCCACAAAGAGAUGUUGUUGUCCGAGGAGGAGCUGGCUGGAAUAGAGCAGGCCUCCGCCACUGCUGCCGAGGUGACGGGCUCCAUGAUGAGGCUGAGGCUGGAGCUGGAGGAGAAGAGACGCACCAUCAGCAUGCUGCAGACCGCGCUGGCCCAGCAGAGGGAGCUAACGGUCAGACAUGUGAAGGAGACCGAGAAGGAAAUGAACAGGAACGUUAUUCUGCAGAAGGAGCAGUACGAGGCCACCAUUCAGAGACACCUCACCUUUAUAGACCAGCUGAUCGAUGAUAAGAAAGCCCUGAGUGAGAGAUGUGAGGGUGUGGUGGGAGAACUCCAACUAGUGGAUCAGAAAUACACCAAGAAAAUCAGCCAGAUGCAAGAGCAGCAUGAACUGGUUUGGCAAAUUCUGGGUCCCUUGUGCGAGGAGAUCAAGAAGCUGAAAGAGUUGAUGAGCGCCACAGAGAAGAUCCGUCGUGAGAAGUGGAUAGAUGAGAAGACCAAGAGGAUCAAAGAGAUCACUGUUAAAGGUCUGGAGCCGGAGAUCCAGAAGUUGAUCUCUAAACACAAGCAGGAGCUAAAGAAGCUGCGGGUCCUCCAUGAAGCUGAGCUCCUGCAGGCCGAUGAGAGGGCUGCCCAGCGUUAUGUUCACCAGACGGAGGAACUCCGACAACAGCUGGAGAGAGAACGGGAUGAGCAGUGUCAGAGAGAGCGAGAACUGGCCAAGCAGAGGUUUGAGAAGCAGCUAGCAGAGGAGGAGAUGUCCUUCCAGCAACAGAGGAGGAGGCUCUACAAGGAAGUGUCUGAGGAGAAGGAGAGGCUCAACCAGCUUGCCGCUAGGCAACGGGCUGAGCUGGAGGACCUGAGGAAGCAGCUGGAGGACAACAGCUCCCUGGCAGGAAGAACCCUAAGAGAGGAGCAGGAGAGGAGCAGAGAGGAACAGGAGAGGAGACACCAGGUGGAGAUGAAGGCCCUCAGAGAACGCCUGGAGAUUGAGAAACAGACCUGGGAGGAGAACUACAUGAAGAAGGAGGACGCGUGGCUGUUGAGUCGGGAGCGGGAGCUGAAAGAGGAGCUGCGUCGGGGGCGGGACAAAGAGAUCGAAAUGGCCAUUCAGAGGCUUGAGGAAGAGACUAGCGGUGCCCGUGACGAAUGUGACCGGGCAGCGGAAAACCGGGUGAAGCGUGUGAGGGAGAAAUACGAAGCAGAGCUCAGAGAGUUGGAGCGUUCUGAGCGGUCUGCCCAGGAGAAACAGCAGGAGAUGAGGAAGAGACUGAGUGAGAUGGAGGGAGAGCUCAUCCGGUACCAGACCCAGCUAGGACAGCGAGAGCAAGAGAUUGAAGACAUCACACAGAUCCGUGAUAAACUGACUGAGGAACGUCGCAGCCUGGCAGAGGUGAUCAGGCAGGAGUUCGCUGAACGACUCGUUGUGACAGAGGAUGAGAACAAGCGGAUGAAGAUGGAGACGUCAGAGAUCAGAGCCCGGCUGAGGUUGGAGGUGGAGAGGGUCACCAGAGAGAAGGAGGAUGAGCUGGCUGAGGUCCACCAACGGGUAAAGUCGGCCAUCUUGAAGAAGGAGGAAACUGUGGCCAGUCUGAGGAAGCAGCAUGAGGCUGCUCUGAAGCGGGCGGACCACCUUGAAGCCCUAUUGGAACAGCAGAGGAAACAGCUGCUGGAGAAGUGACUGACAGGAGAGUGGAACUUGAACACCUCCUCUUCCGCCCUCGUUGCUACAUCCAUCUUGUCACUUAGAGCUGUCCUUCUUCUCCCGGUGUUCUUUCAGUGGUCUGGUGGAUGUGUUUUUGCUCUGGUCUCUGGAGCUCUUUCAAGCGGUCUACCGAGCUCAGAAGACCAAACAUACAGCCUGCAAAACAGGCCUGGCUCCUCUCUUUCUAUUGCUCCCCUGUGGCUGGAUGAGACAUUGUCUGCUGUUUUCACGGCCUCUGAGAAGGAAGGAUUGGAUCUUUAUGACCCAGAGGACCGGGGCAUGUUUGGCUGGACUGAACCAUUCUCUCCCUGGGCUAAGGGGGGUUGUCUUGUUUAACUCUGCAGAGGCCCAAUUUCAGGACUGAACCAUUAUACCAUCUCUGGAAUGUAUGUGAAUCAUAAGCCCCCCUAAGAGCUGAACUCCCUCCAACAUGGACACACACACACACAGACGCACACACCCUUUCCUCCUGUCUAAGGAGAGACUCCGCCCCUCCCCCCCACUGAGUUGGACAUAAUUGCUCCAGAUGUUCUAAGCCAGCCAAAACCUGCUCUGUGCUGCUGUGAAUAGAGGGUGGAGGGGGUUGUUCUGGGUAGAAGGUGUGUGUCAGUUCCCCUCCUUGACCCCUGUGGAGGUCCUGUAGUGGCUCUUUCAGAAAGACGUCAAAACGUGUCUGCAGACUGAGGUGGGGGUUUGUGCCUGAGGCUCAGUAGUCUCCUUUGUGUGACUUACAGAUGUCUUUUGUCGUGGUUGCCCCUCAGGGCUAAUGCUAAUUACAGGAUCCACUGCUUUGGCUUCAAGGGCACCCCCUCACAAGCACACACCACCCACCUCCCCCAAGUCACAAGCUCAAGCUCUUUUGUGUGACAGAAUCCCAGGCUUGGUAUAGACUAUGUUUAUAGUGUGGGUUUUAGGAUGUGGGUGGAAGAGUGAGGGCUGAGGCACUGUAGGAUGAAGAAGAAUGAAGCAGUACGACAACAGUGAACCUAACAAGUUGUCUUGAAGUGCUGCUGUAAGAAAGGAAAAGUAGGAUACGAGAGAUGAAGGAAUGUGCUUAGGAAGUGUUUAUAGGAUUAGCAGAGACUGGAUUGAAAUGGCUAUAGGGGGCAGGGAGUGUUUA